CCUUUGACUGUUUUCAGAAAACACGAACGCAUGUGGUUCUGCUUUCAGAGACAGAAUAUUUCAGCGUGUUUUUUUUCCACCCACAGUGACUUCUUGCUGCUGUUCAGAAAUAUAUUCUGCUUCAGAAAUACUUCUCUUCUUUCUUUCAAGCUGGCGAAGGAAGCUGCAGUCCACCGGUAAUAAUGUCACAGGCCACCAAACGCAAACACGUUGUCAAGGAGGUUCUCGGAGACUUUGUCACUCCCACAGAAAACCAGCAGAUUGUGAAGGUUACCGGUAGUCGUGGUAACAACCUCCAUGAAACUGUCACAGCGCAGGGUGACACCUUCCUGGUCAGCAUGCCCACCAAGUUCCGCAAGAACAUCUGGAUCAAGAGAGGCGACUAUGUGAUUGUGGAUCCUAUCGAAGAAGGGGAGAAGGUGAAGGCAGAGAUCACCGUUAUCCUCUACAAAGACCACAUUCAGUACUUGCAAAAGCAGCAGCUCUGGCCAGAGGGCUUCAUGGAGGAGCAGUCGGCACAGGACAAGACCAGCAAACAGCAAGAAAAGGAGGAAGAGAAAGACGAGGAAGAGGAGGUUAGCGACUCUGAAGACGACGAGAGCGACCUCUUUGUAAACACCAACCGUUGUAACUACGAGUACAGCGAGAGUGAGGACGAGGAGGACAGCGAGGACGAGGACAGCGAGGAAGAGGACGACGAGAAAAGGACAGAAAACGGUUCAUAGCUGCAGCACUGAGCACGAGAACGGACAACUUAGAUUUGUGAGAAUCAGUGUGCUGUGCUGGCCGUCAUCAUCAGGGACUGACACGAUUUGAAAAGGCCUUCGUGCAGCAGCUUCCUGCACGGCGGCUUGUCGGAGGCGUUAAGCGACCGAGUUCGUCCACAGACUUAAUAAUUCCUGCUUGUAAAAUUGAUCCCAAAAAAUCUGGAAUGUGAGAAUGUAGCUGAAACUUGACAACAAUCGACACUGGAUACAUUCCUAUUGUCUUGUCAGUUUUCGUGCUGACAGCUUAUCACAAAAAUCAUGCUGAUACACAUCCAAUACCACAUCAACCACUACAUUAUACAACCAGGAUGCACGGUGCACUUGCAAGAUCAUGUUAUAACGAUUCAUCCUCCUCCAUAGUACAAAACAGAGCUGCUAGAAAUUCAAAAACAAUGCAUUUUAGUCACGUUGGGAGUCCAGCGCAUGGCGACAACAUAAAGGCCUUUCUUUUUUCACUUCUCUCAUUUAGUUACAACAAGCAGCGCCAUCGUCAUUCUUUCACAGAUUGAGUUGACAAAUGAUGGCUUUAACCGUAUGAAAGGUCCUGUCAAAUAGCUCCGGCUUCAGCUGACUUUGUGUUUGUUAUUUGGUCGCCGUGGCUGCUGUUUCUUGAACAUUUCCUUCCAAGUUGCAGAUUUCAGUUUGAAUAAAGUUUUGGAACAGAUUAAA